UCAGACCAGUGGAGCUCUUUUCAGCUUUAGAGACUUGAUUUAUGUACCCCGGAGCUGCUUAGAGCCAAGGGGUUGCAGCAGCCUGCUCCCAUCUGCAGCUCCCACUGUCUUCCCACAGUGGGCUCUGGCUCUAGGUGGGUCCAGGGCUGGGCAUCGUGGGUCGGCAGCACAUCCUCCUCAGUAUUCCAGCGCAGCUGUCUGAAGUUUUUCUGCUGCGCCUGAACUGAUGUCAUUUCCCCCUUGGCAGACAGCUUCGGCUUAGCUGCGUCUGAGAUAUGUCACGAGAAGGUGGGGGUGGGCCAGAGCCAGGCGGGGGGAGUAGCAAGGAGAGCAGGAGGCAGUGUGCCUGCUUGGUCCCAGGACUCUGUUUACUUUGUCUGCUUUGCUAAGGAAGGCCAGUGAACCAGGACCGCCGCGCACACAGGCCCACCAGGGGCAAUGCUCAUUCCAAGACCUUAACUUUUAAGAGCCUUUUGUUCCAACGUUAGUGUGGACGAUGCUCUUGCAGGAUGCCUUUCCUUUUGGGUCUUAGACAGGAUAAGGAAGCCUGUGUGGGUACCAACAAUCAAAGCUACAUCUGUGACACAGGACACUGCUGUGGACAGUCUCAGUGCUGCAACUACUACUAUGAACUCUGGUGGUUCUGGCUGGUGUGGACCAUCAUCAUCAUCCUCAGCUGCUGCUGUGUCUGCCACCACCGCCGAGCCAAGCACCGCCUUCAGGCCCAGCAGCGGCAACAUGAAAUCAACCUGAUCGCCUACCGAGAAGCCCACAAUUACUCAGCGCUGCCAUUUUAUUUCAGGUUUUUGCCAAACUAUUUACUACCUCCUUAUGAGGAAGUGGUGAACCGACCUCCAACUCCUCCCCCACCAUACAGUGCCUUCCAGCUACAGCAGCAGCAGCUGCUGCCUCCACAGUGUGGCCCUGCAGGUGGCAGUCCUCCAGGCAGCGCUGAUCCCACCAGGGGAUCCCAGGGGGCACAGAGCAGCCCCUUGUCUGGCCCCAGCAGAAGCAGCACAAGACCCCCCAGCAUCGCUGACCCUGAGCCCUCUGACCUACCAGUUGACCGAGUAGCCACCAAAGCCCCGGGGAUGGAGCCCAGUGGCUCUGUGGCUGGCCUGGGGGAGCUGGACCCAGGAGCCUUCCUGGACAAGGAUGCAGAGUGUAGGGAGGAGCUGCUGAAAGAUGACAGCUCUGAACCUGGCAGCGCACUGCCCGACAGCAAAGAGAAGACGCCCGGGAGACAUCGCCGCUUCACGGGUGACUCGGGCAUUGAAGUGUGUGUGUGUAACCGGGGCCACCACGACGAUGACCUCAAAGAGUUCAACACCCUCAUCGACGAUGCUCUGGAUGGGCCCCUGGACUUCUGCGACAGCUGCCAUGUGCGGCCCCCUGGUGACGAGGAGGAAGGCCUCUGCCAGCCCUCUGAGGAGCAGGCUCGAGAGCCUGGGCACCCACACCUGCCACGGCUGCCUGCAUGCCUGCUUCUGAAUACCAUCAACGAGCAGGACUCUCCCAACUCCCAGAGCAGCAGCUCCCCCAGCUAGAGCAGGCCCUGCCAGCACCCAGGAACUCGGCAAAGCAACCAGGGUAGGGGAGAACCACGAGAGAAGCAUUAAAUGACUUUCAGAGACUUUCAGAGGACAGCCACCUGGUUCCUUUUUUUUGUUUGUUUUCCUUCUCUCCUGCAUUUUCCUCCAUCACCAGGUACAGUUCGAGGUGUGGAUGCCUCCCCCCAACAAGGGCACAGUGUUGUAGAGCGCUGAGUUGGUUCUGGGACUCAUUCCUCAUCUCCCAACUCCAUCCCCUUUCUUUAAAGUCAAAUCUCACCUACCUACCUGAGUCAGAGAGAUGGGAAGAGAAAUGUGUUUUUAAAGCCCCCAAGGAAGGAGGCUGGAACUGUGCCCUGACAUGAUUCUUGGUGAUGGAGUAGGUUUGUGCUCUGAUUCUAGUUUAAGAGAACAUCACUGUGUCUCAGUCCAGGAGAGGCAGCCCAUCUUGGCCCUGGAUGAAGAAGGAAGCCCACAGAGGCCCAGGGCUUGUCACUGGCUGCAGCAGCUGCCGAGCCAGCAUUGAGCAAACCCUGUGGACGGAUGAGAGCUGCCAGGCCUUUGUAUGAUAGGUUGGUAGGGGGCUGGUUGAUCUGCCAAAUUCCAGGUGACAAGAUCGACGCACCCCAUGUGUCCUUGAGGGGCCUCUUCUCCGGCGAUCUGCAGGCUGGUUCUGGUGUGAAAGAUUAUACUGCCUUUUCUUCUGUUUUUUGUUUUGUUUUGUUUUGUUUUUUUCCUCUAAAAACAAACAACAAAAGACAGCUGAAGAUAAGAACGUCACCGGUGGGCAGGCAAAAUUCUCUUCUGGAAAAUGACGUUUGUGGCUCUUUCCCAAGUUGGGCUUCAAAGAGCCUGGCUGCUGUUGAGCCAGAAGGAGAUGUCUCGUGUGAAGGCUCUCGGAGCUUCUGUGAGCAGGAGGCCCUAAGCCGCAGCCGUGGAUAGAGUGCUGCUCUCUGCCUCUCUGCCCUUUGGUCUGUGUCCACAGGUGACCCGUGUCAGCCUGCGUCCCAAACACACACUCUGCGACCCUUCAUGUCUCACUGUUCCAUAUGAGGAAACAGCAGACUGAGGAAGCGAUGACCCCUGAGAAAGGGCCUCUGUAGCCUGGCUCUCACGCAGUAUUUUGUCUUUGAUUCUGAAUACAUAUUUCUGUGGUUGUUUUUUUUUUUUUUUGAACUGACCACUUGGAAGAAAUACCUUGGUUAUCUGUGGUUUUCAUGCCUUGUCCCUGCCUCUGCCCUCACCCCUUUUGAGUUGGGUGACUCAUUUUUCUUUGUGGAGACUCGGCAGCCCAGGCAGGAGGUGAAAGCGGCCGUCCGGAAGGCCCUGAGGACCCCCGUGCCUGUUGCUCGGCCUUAAGUCACCAGCUGAGCUGUGAUAGGAAAAUCUGAUUGGAGGCAGCCAACAGCCAAAACGAACAUUCCCCUCCCAGCCCUGUGCAUAUGAAGUGUCUGUUUUUUCUCCCAACUCUUGAACGAUGAUGAUACUCAGAUGAACCAUUGAUGUUAUGGAAGAAGGAAAGAAAAAAAAAUAUAUAUAUAUAUAUAUUUUUUGGACAUAUAUAUAUAUAUGUCCGAAAACAGACAAAUCCAAGGCUGUGAGGUAAAUGAGUGUCUGCAUUUGGAUUCCACAAAACCAAAAUCCAUGUUGAACAGUGAAGUCUGUACAAAGUGACAUUUUGGGUGAGCUGUGUGUAUCUGUCUGUUGUGUGUGAGCCUGAGCCCUGUUUUCCUGUGGAGAUACUUUGAGUGGCAUUCUCCCCACGUGAACCACACAUCUGGAGCACAGAUGGCUGUCUCUAGGUAACUGAUCUUACAUAUUUACUGCUUACGGAACAAAUGUCUGACAGUGUGCUUGCGUGUAUUCGCAGCAUUGUCAACUGCAGGCUGCUGUGUUUGCCAGAGAUACUGUGCUCGAAGUAGAGGUUUUACUCUACGCAUCACUGCGAUUUGCACAUUGCUCCGUGGACACUCAGAGGCCUGCAUUCUGUUCCCUGUAAAUGGAGGUGUGCUCUGAGCCUGCCUGCCUCCCUCGGCUGCUGCUGGUCCUCGGUACCAGCCCCCGGGGGUGUCCAUAACCACUUGGGACAGAAGAAGGUGGAAUUUCAAACAGAAGCUUGAUUGGGUGUUCAAGGACAGGCCUGGACUAGCUGUGGCCCAGACGUCAGCCCUGCCCAGAAUUGCCAGGAGGAGGCUUUGUGGGCACCGGAGGAACUGCAGGGCCUGCCUCCCUCUGCUGAGCCCAGCAGGCACAAGCGAGCUGGCUUGUGGCCAGAGGUGGCUGGAGUGUGUCACGGCCCUCAGAUGCCUUUCCUUCCACCUUUUUUUUUUUUUUUUAAGAAUCCCAAAUAACUUACUGAAGUGUCUCAAAGGCAAACAAGUUUUACCAAAAGGAAUCCUUUUUCAGUUAAUAGAUCAAAUGGAUGAGUUCUGACCCUCUCAAGUUCCUUUCCCCAGUGAGAGUGGGGACCUGGUCGAAGGUUAACCGCGGGAUUCACUGCAGCAUGCUACCCUAAAGGCUGGAGAAGACAGAAAUGCAACCUGCGGAGCCGGGCUUGGUUCCCAAGUUGCAGUCUGGCCCCCGCUACAGGCUGCCCUGCUCAGAGAGAGAUUUAAUCGGGAGCUGAAGGAAUCGUUUGGGGGCCUGGGAGAUGUGGCUGAGGCUGGUUUUCCAGGUGAAUGAGACGGGGUUGGUGGAGGGUUUGGUGCUACAGCCAGUCGGAAGAUUUGCAAAUGCGAACACAUUCCUGUGUGAGGCACGUUACCCUUUGUCAGUUAUUGUGAAUAUGUGUAUUUUAAGCAAUAAGAUUCAGCUGGUCAGACUUUUCUGGGCAGUCUCGGUGACGCAUUUCCUGUGCUGUGAUUGUUCUGAAGACAGAGUGGCUCUAACCACUGUGAGAAGCCCAAAUAAAAAUUGAUCCCAAAAAC